AUGCCUCGUGGUAUUGCAGAAGAUCAAGAGGGCCGCAAGGUCUACAUCGGCGGCAUCGAGGCCGACACCACGACCGAGGAGCUCGAGAGUCUCUUCGGGAAGUACGGCGCCAUCAGCACUGUCUGGGUGGCACGCAAUCCCCCUGGGUUUGCGUUCUUGACUUUCGAAGACUACCGCGACGCCAAGGACGCCGUUGCGGAGCUUGACGGCUACCGCUUCAGAGGCAAACCGAUUCGCGUGGAGAUCGCGCGUGGACCGGGAGACAAGAGCCGCGGUCGGCGCCGCUUUGCGGAGGAGGACCGACGUGACGGGCGCGGUCGCGAGGACUGGGCGUGGCACCCGCGGGAGGACGAGCGCCGGCGAGAUGAUGAGCGCCGCAGCCGCGAGGACUACGACCGCCGCAGACCCCGGGAGGAAGACGGGCGCUACUGCAGCAACGAUGAGGACCACCGUCCGCGCGAAGACGACUACGCGCGACGCAGAGACCGCAGCCGCAGCCGAAGCGACGAAAGAAGGUACGGGCUGCACAGCUAG